CAGGAACUGGCAGGCAUGCUAGAAGAUAGUCAGACCAAGCUCAAAGCUCACGAUAGUAAAUUUAGGCAGAUUAACGCGAAAAAGUUCACCCUUACCGAGCUUAUGAGCUCACUCGAGGCGAAUCGAAACAGGUACGAAUACGAAGACCUGAAAGGUCCAAAAGGAUUUCUGCGCAAGGGGUUUAGGAAGCUAGGGGAGAAUGCGCAGAGUUUUGGACAGUGGCUGCAACUAGUACCGAACUCGCAGUAUUCGACGCCAAUUGUGGGGUCAUUCAUGAUCUUUCUCAGUAUGGCGGAUCGCAUGCACAAGGUCCGCGAAGACAUCUUCGAAACGAUGACGGCCGUUCCUGCAGACUUUAAUGACCUGCGAGACUAUCUCUCCGUGUAUAGAAACGUAUCCGAUGAAGAUCUGUCUAUCAAGGCAGCUAGUGUGUGCACCAAUAUCUUUCGGACACUUCAGCAUGCCAUGAGAUUUAUGGGUGAAAAUCCAUUCAAGAAAGCAUUUAAAGCUUUGAGGUUAGAAAAGUAUGAAGAAGUGGUUAGCACCUGCAUCAUCAAUCUACAAGAGUCCAAACAACAAUUCCGUGGUGCAGUUGACAAACACUUGCACUCGAGAGUAGGAUCGCUCUUUAAGUUAGCUAAGUCAUCGAGCAUGCUGCAAAGGAUGAUGAUAUGUGAGGUAUUGUCCUACAAAAACACGACCAUCGACGCUAUCGAAAGCAGCCAUAGAGACAUCAAAGCAGAGCUAGAAAGCCUUCGGAACGCUGUCUCUAACGCCAUGUAUAACAAGCUCCUCUCAGACCAAGAUGAACGAGAGUAUCUUGCCGAAAUGGCAGCGAGAAAGGUGCUGGAGCUGCAAAACCAGGAGAUGACGUCCCACAAAAACGGUAUCAACAUUUCCGAACAGGGCUUCCAACGAGGCGUAGUACUGUACGAUUGGGCGAUUUUGAGGCCUGUACGGGUGAGAUUUUGUGUACGUUCGUACGACAGGGAGGAGGAGAGGGCAUCAUUAAACGUACGGUACGGCUCACGAACUCGGUACGUUCGUACUGAACACGUGACCGUUACGGUUCACUUUGUACGGACCGUAGUACGGCCCGUUGGAAGCCCUGUUUCCGAAAUCGAGAUUCCUGGUUUCGACGAGAACCGCGCACAGUUAGAUAUCCUUAGCUGCCUCAGCCAAGGCGCUGCCCUCUCUGACCUGGACAUUAGCCACUUAGCAUGGAUCAAGCACAACCUAGUUAUGCGUAAUUGGGUUUUCGAACGAAAAUCUGUGGCCGUUCACAUCGAUGGAAAUAUCGACAUCGGCCCUGCUACUUACACCUCAGUAACAUCCUUCCUCUGUGCGGAAACCGCUCAUCUCUUUGAUGCUAUUCAAAAAACGUUUGUGCUUUCAUACUUCUGUGGCUUAUUUGCAGCUCCCACAUCGAAAGACCGCGCAGACGCUAGGGGCAUGAUGGCGAACUUAUUAGGUCAGAUACUGCAACAUAAGGAUGAUGAGGUGCUCCAGGAAGUAACGAUUGAUAAUUCCCUUCAUGUCGGUAUCAAGAGUCUCGAUUUUGACACGCUUUGUUUGGCAUUCAAGGCAUUAAUGUUACAGCUUCCCAAAUCGUGGACCGUCAUUUGUUUAAUCGAUUCGAUCGACUUUUACGAGACACGGAAACGCAGAGACAAGACCUUGGAAACAAUUCGGUGGUUGCUGAGAUUGGCCAAGAGCUUAAAGAAGCACGAUGGGGCAACGUUCAAGUUGCUCGUCACAGCAUCUAAAAUGUCGAUAGCCGUUCGGAAAGAGUUCCACUCUGAGAAUCGGAUUAUAUGCCCCGAAGUCCCGGUCGACAACUCUGUUCUUCCGCCAGGAGUCAUAACAAAUGACGUUUUCAGAUAG